ACAUCUCUCCGCUCGUACCUUCGACAACAUUCCUCCGACGGUGACAUCAUGGCGUCAGCCCUCGGGCGCAAGCUCCUGGUGUCGGAGAUCUGGGGGUGAGGAGGAAGGAGGGUAACUGUGGAAUGUUUUGAGUCGUGAAGACACAAAAUGGCCACACAGCAUCUAUGCUGAACCGGAAGACGGCUUAACCCCCCGACCGAGCCUUCGAAAACCCUCCGAAAAUGGUUCCUUGGGGAGAAAAUGCGAGCGCCGCGCCCGCCUCCGAAGGCUGCCCCAACUGCAGCUCCGCCUCCGUCUUCUCCGAGAUCCACGUUGCCAAGGCGAUCGCCCUGGGGCUGGUGCUGGGGGUGUUUGUGGUGUUCGGCGUCCUGGGCAACAUGCUGGUCAUCCUGUCGGUGGUGUGCCACAGCCACCUGCGCUCCGUCACGCACUACUUCAUCGCCAACCUGGCGGCCGCCGACCUCCUCCUCAGCUCCGCCGUGCUGCCCUUCUCUGCCGCCUCGGAGGCGCUGGGCCGCUGGGUGUUCGGCCGGCCCUUCUGCGGCGUCUGGGCGGCCCUGGACGUGCUCUGCUGCACCGCCUCCAUCCUCAGCCUGUGCGUCAUCUCCGUGGACCGCUGCCUGGCCGUCAGCUACCCGCUGCACUACCGCUCCAUGUCCACCAGGGGGCGAGGCCUGGCCGCCGUGGCGGCCCUGUGGGGGCUGUCCGCCGCCAUAUCCGUGGGGCCGCUCUUCGGCUGGAAGGAACCGGAUCCCGAGGACGAGACGGUGUGCCGGAUCACGGAGGAACCCGGCUACGCCCUGUUCUCCGCCCUGGGCUCCUUCUACGUCCCGUUGGCCGUCAUCCUGGUCAUGUACUGCCGGGUGUACGUGGUGGCCCGGCAGCAGACCCGGGCGCUGAGGGAGGGCAGGAAGGAGGGGAUGCAGGCGGAGGGAGUGGCGCUCAGAGUCCACCGAGGGAAAGCGUCGCCGGAGGAGGAGGAGGGGGCCGGGGGGGGCCGGUGGGCGUCUUCUUUGGUGAAGCUGCUGAGGUUCUCGCGGGAGAAGAAGGCGGCCAAGACGCUGGGCAUCGUGGUGGGGUGCUUUGUGCUCUGCUGGCUGCCCUUCUUCCUGGUUCUACCCAUCGGCUCCAUCUUCCCCGACUACAGACCUUCCGACACCAUCUUUAAGAUCACCUUCUGGCUGGGCUACCUCAACAGCUGCAUCAACCCCAUAAUAUACCCCUGCUUCAGCCAGGAGUUCAAGAAGGCCUUCCAGAACGUUCUCCGCGGCCGCUGCCUCCGCAGAGGGGGCGGGGGCCCCUCCCACACCUCGAGCCCCGGCCCCCUGAUCCUCCACCGGUCCCCUCCUCCCCCCUCCCCCAGCCCCUCGGCCUCCUCCGCCCCCCGGGCCGGUGCUCCCUCCCCAGCCUGCCUGCCCUGCUGUUGGAGGGCCCCCUCCGGUUCCUCUGGUUCCUCCGGUUCCUCGGCCCCGCCUCGUUCCCAAAGCGCCCGCGUCCACAGCAAGAGCCUGCUGAAGGCGUGGUGCUUCGCGGCGGGGGAACGUUCCGGUUCUUCACCGGAGAACCCGCGCCCAGACCACUCUGUCUCCGGGGCUCAAACCAAGGUCCACCUGCUGUCGCUGGGAGGCGAGGCGGAGGCGGUCUGACACGGACGUAUGGCUCGGAAAUUUCACAAUAAAAGUCCCCGACGUUUUGACGAGCGGGGAAAGAAGCGAGAGUGAAAUUGACGUGAGGCCCUCUCGCUAACCUGGAGUGAGCCGCUCAGACCGGGUGAUUACGUCGCACGGACGGUUGUCCAGGUGGCUGGACCGAAGGGAUGAGGGGCUUUAGUUUCGGGGAGAACGUUGCAUUGCAUGAGGUUGUAUUCUGUCUCAAUGGGAAACUCGACGACAGUGACUCAUGGUUUUCUAACCCUGGUCACUUUAACGACAAAGUCAAAUCCUGAACGUUUGUUUUCUGAGAUCGCCGGACCAAACCAGCCCUCAGCUUGUGAAGGACACGAUAUUUAUGACAAGCCGUCUUUAAGGUACUAGGAGUUGUACAGUGUGUGUGUUAAUCGAUGUAUGUGCUUUCGCCGUCAGACCGGCAAACGUGUUGUGUUCGUGACAGAGGUCUUUCUGUGCUCUGUGGGAACAGGUUCCUCCUCGUGAGGAUAGAGAACGUCCAGAGACACACCCGAACUCCCUGCCUCAUCAUCAAACUCCGUGCUCUGUGGUGGAUUUGACUUGUGGAAGUCUGCUUUGCAGUUUGACAGGUUUUAACAUUUACAACUUGUGGACUCGUGUUGCUUACUGUUAUUUUGCAAGCUGUAUAGGAUGCUGUGGGGGGGAUUCUGGAAUCGAAGAUCACUAUGAAACGUUUAAAUGUCUCAUCUGUCGUUAAAAUAUGUAGGACUCAUCAGCCACUCUCGGCUAAUCCUCCAUUGGUGAAAUUGAACUAAUCUCCUUUACUAGCUGAUAUUAGCUAAUUACUGAUUGGUCUAGUUAAGAAAACGUGAGUCAAGUCUUUUCAUUACUAAACCAGUGCAGUCAUGAACAUGUUCAGUCAGUUACAUUCUUAGUAGUUGCUUGUAGAGAACAGUGUCCAGCAGAUGGAAGAUUUUACCUGUUGCAGGCCUUUGGUUAAGCCGCCUCCUUGUGUCAGAAAAGGGAAUUACACACAAACCUUUCUUGUGUCCAUCGUGUUCCAGCCAUCCCUGACACGAGGAAGAUGAUUAGCUCAAAGUUCUCAGUCAAUAGAAUAUAAAAAAGUAAGCUAUACUGAUAGCGUAUUGAUGUUUCUUGCUUCAAGUCUGCAGGCUUCAGAAGUUGUGUUCAUUAUGUUACCUUCUGUGUGGAUCUCCUCUGAGUGUG